GGAAGUUCGACACAAGAUGGCGUCGACCAAGCGGGUGCUGUACGUGGGUGGCCUUGCAGAAGAGGUAGACGAAAAGGUGCUUCAUGCAGCUUUUAUUCCAUUUGGAGAUAUUAUGGACAUUCAGAUUCCACUGGAUUAUGAGACAGAGAAACACAGAGGUUUUGCAUUCAUUGAAUUUGAGAAUGCUGAGGAUGCUGCAGCUGCCAUCGAUAACAUGAAUGAGUCUGAACUUUUUGGAAGGACAAUCCGAGUAAAUCUGGCAAAACCCAUGAGAAUUAAGGAGGGAUCCUCAAGAGCAGUGUGGUCCGAUGAUGACUGGUUAAAGAAAUUUGCUGGAAAGACCCUGGAGGAAAAUGAAAACGAUGAGCGUGGAGGAGACAGUGGAGAAACACAAACGCAGGAGGGUGAGCCACCAGCCAAAAAAUCAAGAGCCAAUCCUCAAGUCUACAUGGACAUCAAAAUUGGCAAUAAGCCUGUUGGUAGAAUACGCUUUUUAUUACGAGCUGAUGUUGUUCCAAUGACUGCAGAGAAUUUCCGUUGCCUCUGUACACACGAGAAAGGAUUUGGGUUCAAGGGCAGCAGUUUCCAUCGUAUUAUACCCCAGUUCAUGUGUCAGGGUGGUGACUUCACCAAUCACAAUGGCACGGGAGGGAAAGCCAUCUACGGCAGGAAGUUUGACGAUGAAAACUUUAUUCUGAAACACUCAGCAGCAGGUUUGCUGUCAAUGGCAAACUCGGGAAUAAACACAAAUGGAUCUCAGUUUUUCAUUACCCUUGACAAGACGGACUGGCUGGAUGGAAAGCAUGUAGUAUUUGGUGAAGUACUAGAAGGAAUCGAUGUUGUCAAACAGAUGGAAGCUCAAGGUUCUAAAGAUGGAAAACCUAAGCAGAAAGUGAUUAUCUCAGACUGUGGAGAAUAUGUGUGAUGCCAGUGGCUGUUAGAUGCAACUUCUGUAGAUCUCAAUUUUUUUCCCCUAUUUUCACUUAGCUGUAAUUUUAAUUGUAAAUACAUUUCAACAUUCAAAAUAAAUUUUUUUAAAAAAAUACA